UCCAUCGCAUGCAGUUAAGAGAGUAAGCACCACUCGGUGGAGUUCUCAUUCAGCAGCAUUAAAUGUAGUUUUGAAAUUCCACAAUGCAGUUUUAAAAACAUUAAACCAAAUUARAGAUUCCGAAGGAUCUGCUGAUGUAGUAGUUGGUGCAAGUUGCAGUGGCUUGAUAUCAUAUCUUACAUCCCAACGUUUUCUUCUAACAGCAUUAUUAUUCAAAACUAUAUUUGAUAUACUUGAACCUGUCACCCGCCAAUUGCAAUCACAAGAUAUGGAUAUGCUUAUGGCCACAAAUAUUUUAAAUAAUGUGAUUCACCGAAUCAAAGAACUUAGAAAUGAUGAUGCGUUUAAAAGAUUGCUAAAAAUUACUGAUGAGUUUGCUGAAAAUAGUGUUGUUGACUUUUUACCUCUUGUAUCUAGUCGACCGAAACGUGUUCCAAAAAAAUCAGGUGAACUUUCUCGAGAUGAAAUUAUAUCCUGUCCCAUGAAAAAAUUUAAAAUUGAUACAUACAAUAUCAUAAUGGAUAUUCUUUUAGCAGAGUUAAGUGGACGUUUUGAAAGCACCAAUAUAGGGCCCUUAAAAGACUUAUCCCUUCUUUCAUCUAGACGUAUUCGAGAAGUAAAAAAUAAUCCACACAUUGUACCUUGUGAUGCCUUUGACGCUUUGU